GCCUUCAGUUUCGUCAUGGGUAUGUUUGUCCGUCCCGGACACCGUCGAUACGUGACCAGCAUUGUGCGCAUGUGUCAGAACGCGGAAGGAGAGUUGUUGAGACUGUUUAGUAGGACUCAAAAACACAGGUGGUCGGAGGCUUUGGGAGGCCGCUGAGGAUGACCAGUGCACUCUGUAGUAGAGCCGUAAUGGUGUCACGCCUCCCUGGUAUCCGUGGCCUUUUGUGCCGGGUUGCAGCGACCAGGGCUUUCUCCACUGAGUCCCAGACCGUGUGGCCUGAUGAGAAUAUGGGUCCCUUUGGGCCCCGUGACCAGCGUUUCCAGCUACCCGGCAACGUAGGCUUUGCCUGCCACCUGGAAGGCGCCCCAGGCCCCCAGAGAGGCCCCGCUUACGUGAUGGCCCCCGACGUGCUUUCUGCGCCCUCCAGCAGUGAGAGGCACGAGUUCAUACUGGCACAGUUUAUCACCGAGUUCCAGCUUCCUCAGGGAAAAGAAUCACCUUUUCCAGAGAGAGUCAGUAAGGCAGAGCUGUAUUUUGAGGACUCUAAUGUGGAGUGUGCCAUCCAGCAAUGCCCUGAGCUGCUCAAACAAGAUUUCGGGUCCAUGUUUCCAGAGGCACCAGUCAGUGGCAUGAUGGUCGUCACGGUGACGCAGAAAACACAGUAUGACAUGACCUUGGGGUGCGAGGAGGUGACCAGGGAACGAGAGGAGCUGCUUAGUAAAUUCAUCAGCGGUGCUAAAGAGAUCUGCUACGCCCUCCGCACAGCGGGAUUCUGGGCCGACUUCAUCGACCCUGUCUCUGGAUUGGCUUUCUUUGGGUCGUACGCGGGCGGCGUCCCCGUGGAUCCUGCCGAGAAACACCACGGCCUGGGCAUUCGCAUCGAGGACCUGGGCAGCUGCAAGGUCAUUCGUCAGGCCAUCCUGGGUAGGCAUGAGCUGGUGGGGGCGCUGUUCACCAAUGCCCCCCCUCAUAGCCUCGUCAUGCGGAAGCUCCAAGGAGACUGAGAGCCAUAGCAGGGGAGUGCAGAGGCGGAGCGGCGAGUGCUGGAGCAUGGGGAUGCAGCACCCCGCCGAGAUCCACAGGUGGGGAGGACUGCCCCCUUCAGGUGCUCAGAGGAACUGCACGUCACAGAAGUACAGAUGAGCGUGAUAUAUAGUUCAUGUUCACCCUGGUCUUAAGAUUACACUAAAUGUCAUUCUAAGACUUUUUAAAACAAGACUGCCUGCAUCCUGGCAUCCAGUUUCUGAUUGAUAUGUAUUUUUUGACACCAUAUUGACACCUUGCAGUGUCAGAAUAAUCCAAUGAAAGAACAGGAACCAGUUUUUUAAGGUUCUGUUCUUAAAUGAUGCCUUUACCUAUAACACAACUGUGACCUUAGCUGUUUGUAUGUCAGGAACGUCUUGACAUGACCAGCGAAAAAGAAUUUUAUAAGCUUGAAAUCAUUAUUUAUUGAGUAUUAUUAUUAUUAAAGGAUUUUGAGUAUA